AUGGGUACAGAUAACACAGCUUUGAAUCAACAGAUCACUCAAGGGGCCGAGAACUCACUAUCAAGGCUCAAUAGCUCUCCUCCGACCAGCCCGUACGUUUUCCGGCAGAAUUAUGGCAAACAACAAAUUCUCGUGGACGAUCCUUCAGUUCUCUCGAUUACAAGACAAGUUCUACUACUCGGACGGUUUCCUCGUCGGAGACAGAUAUUGGAGAAUAGGGUUCAAUCCGAAAGGCGACGGAGGAAGUAGAAGCACAAUAUUGCCCGUUUAUCUUUUCGCUUACGGGUUCGCACCAAAUGUUCCGACCACGACAACUUUGGAAGAGGUCUAUCUUCGGCUAAAGGAUCAGCGAAAUUCGAACCAUAAACAGAUAUACUCUUGGUACCCGGUCCGUACUGGUUACAACGUGGGAGUCAAUACUAUAAUAUCGUUCCAAGAACUGUUCGAUCAAUCAAAGGGUUAUUUGGUGAAUGAUCGUAUUGUCUUUGAAGUUGAAAUGCCGAUGGUUUCAGCGACGAACAUUGUCCCGAACUAGACAACGUGUGACAAUUUGUUGUUGUUGUUGUUGUUAUUAUUGCUGCUUCUAUGUACCCUAUUGAAAUAAAAACUUUAUAAUGGAAGUUAUUAUAAUAAA